AUGACCUCCAGAUGGUCGCUUCGGCGGAAACGUAUAGCGCAAGAAACUGAAUUAGAUGAAUAUUAUCAAGCUAAACGGCAGGCUAACGGUUCCGGCACUCAAUUAGAUUUGAUGUGCAACGAACCGUUACCUGCUGAAUUACUUGGAGAAUCGAAUUGUAAUUCGUCAGAUGUAAUGACAGAACAAAGACCGGUAGAAAACUCAAGUCAUGAAAAGGACUACCAGAUGAACGAAACAAGUAGUAACUAUACUGAAGACACAUCUGAUACCGAAAGAGGCGAAACGGGCAGUGAAGAAUCAAGUUCUACCGCCUCCCCGACACAAACUGAAAUAUCUGCUGCAUUAAUUCUAUUUAAAGCAAGACAUAAGCUUUCCAUCAGCUGCAUUAAUGAUUUAUGCAUAUUGCUAAAAAUGCUAAACCUUCCAAAUACACCAUGUUCAUACCAACAAAUUCGGCGUCUUUUAGAAAAUCGUCUUGAUGUGAACGACUGCAGCAAAAGUUAUACAGUCUGUACACAGUGCGAUACCUUAUGUAAUACAUCUUCGAGAUGUGAGAAUGGUCAAUGCACGCAAGCCGUCGCUUAUACAAAAGAUCCAUUAGAAUAUCUGCAUAUACCACUUAAACCUCAAGUUAGUGAGAUACUGGCUAGAACGAAAAGUGUAAGUUUUGAGUCACAAAGUAAACCCACAAAGCCAGUUUUAAAAGACAUUUACGAUGGUAAUCGAUAUCGUGCUAUUUGUGAAAACGAACGUCAGAGGUUUCUUACAUUAACAAUGAAUACAGAUGGUGUUCAACUUUCAAAGAGUUCAACGUUAUCUAUGUGGGUGAUAACAUUUGUAAUCAACGAAAUCAGUAGAAAAGAGAGAUUCAGAAUGAAAAAUGUAAUUAUAGAAGGAAUAUGUUCGGGCAAACACAAACCAAACCGAACUCAAAUGAGGAAUAUUUUUAAUUUGAUUGUUGAGCAAUUAAUCCGACUACAAAACGGACAUUAUUAUGAAGUUACAUCGUCAGAUAACGACGUAAUGAAUAUUAAAAUUCAUUUAAUAGCAGCUUGUUGCGACAAACCAGCCGCUGCCAUGAUACAAAAUAUUGGUGAGCCGACAGGGGCCUUUGGUUGCGACCGUUGUCAUAUUGAAGGCGUGACUGUACCCUACAGUGAUGAUCCUAGCAAACGAAUUCGUGUGUUUCCAAUUACAGAUGAACAUGAGAACGAAACACAUAACGUACAAGUGAUUCACAGUGUAAAACAUGUUGCAGCUUCUGUCCGUGACUUCGGCCAACUUAGCAACUAUUCGACAUUUAAUUUUGAAAGUCUGUUAGAUAUGAGUUUCUUGGCUUGUCUUGGCUUAAGCCAAGAUGUAUGUUCAACACAGUCCAAAGCAACAGUAGUCGUUGAUCCCUCCGUGUCCGAUUUUUCUUUGAUCGAUGUUGAAAAGGGAGGAAAAACCACUUCAGUUUAUUUAUCAGUAGUACAAAUUGUUUACGACAAGAUGAAAAAUGAAGAAAAAAAUAUGAUAUCCCGUCCAUCUAAUGCUCCAUUGGCAACUAUAAUGGAAUCGUCACAAGAAUUAGCUGAACAAACAUUGGAACAAAUUCAAAGAUUUCACAAAAAUUUAAAUAAUUCUAAUAUACGUGAACUAUUAGUGGUCGACGAUACCAUGAUACAGAAAUCGAGAAUUUUAACAGAAGGUGUUGAUAUUAUAGUUGCUAUACCUGGACCUCUGUAUGAAUUAGCUAAUGGACAUGGCAAUCUAGAUUCUAGAAAAGUCGGCAAUGUUACAUGUCAUGACAAUCAGUUACUCCGAUAUUUGAGACUGGAUGUACAUAAUCUAUUGUUUAUUUUUCAACAAAUAUUUUGUUUUUUAUUAUUAAAAAAAGUUAGUUGGAAAAAUAAGACGUGUCACGAUGCACGUCCAAAGAAAUUUCUUUCUCAACGUCAAAUUUUUUUCUCCGAUGAUGAAGAAACACCGACAUUAACAAUCGGCUUAUCGUCCAGCGAACAAUAUGAGAUCGACAAUUCAUUUCCACCAACAGUUCGACCAUCGUGGUUGCCGCUUCCUGUUCCGCUUAGCGCUCGAUUAGAUUCGACGCGCAUAAGUGGUGCAGUUGGCGGUGAUAACGACAGCGAACUAAAUAAUCAAUCAACAACUACAUCACAACAAUUAAAAUCUGUUACUAAUAUUCAAAUCGCUUUGCCAGAAGUUGUAGCACCGAUAAAAUUGAAAGCUCUUUUACAUGUUUACUUUAAUGAGCAUCCUUUAUUAACCAUCAUUCCAGAUUGUUUAAGUAUCGAAUUACAACUAAAUACUGAAAUGGUCUCAAUUCCUAAGUUGAUCAAUCUAAAACCUUAUUUAAUUAAUUGCAAUGAAACACAAUUAUUUGAAUUAAGAAACACACUUUAUCUGUAUCAAAAAACGCAACUGAUAUACGAAAAAGUGGUCGAUGAUGUAGUAUUUGAACAUGACAAUGCCAUCUUAAUUCGAUCUAUAUAUCCACUUUUAGCCAAGAAGUAUGAUGGUAUUCAGCUGCGAGAGCAAAUGGAACGACGUAUGAAUAGUGGUAUUAAUGUAAAACGAAAAGGUCGUGCACAGUCAACCGUCGAACGACGCCGAAGAAAAAAGAAACUUUUAGAACAAUUACAGCCGCAGAACGAUUAG